CGGGGCCCAGCCGCCAUGAGCGGCCCGUGGGGCGCGGCGGGCCCGGCGCGGCAGGGCUGGCUCUGGGGGGCGGCGGCGCUGCUGGCGCUGGGCGCCCUGCUCGGGGCUUGGCGCUGGGCCGGCCCGCGCCGCCGCCGCCGCCUGCAGCGGGUCGGGACGGUGCUCAGGCUCUUCGUGUACCCGGUGAAGUCGUGCCGGGGGGUGUCGGUGCGGCGGGCGCAGGUGACGCCGAUGGGCCUGCGCAGCGGGGAGAUGCGGGACAGGUUCUGGCUCGUGAUCAGGGAGGACGGGCACAUGGUGACAGCUCGCCAGGAGCCGCGGCUCGUCCUUAUUUCUGCCAACUGUGAAAACGGGCACUUGAUCUUGGAGGCCGGGGACAUGGAGAAGAUAAGCGUGCCUGUAAAGCUCCCCCAAAAAAAUCCCGUCCACAACUGCAGGGUGUUUGGACAGGAUAUCCAAGGCAGAGACUGUGGUGAUGAAGUGGCUCAGUGGAUCACCACCUUCUUGAACUCAGAGCCCUGUCGACUGGUGCAUUUUGAGCCCUCCAUGGUGCCAAGAAAGUCAAAGGACACAAUAGCCCUUUUCCGAAACACAGAUGAGGUUGCCUAUCCUGACUGCAGCCCAGUCUUGAUCAUCUCCGAAGCUUCAAUGGACGAUUUAAAUACCAGGCUGGAAAAGAAAGCUAAGAUACAGAACUUCAGGCCAAAUAUUUUUGUAACAGACUGCAGUGCUUUUGAGGAGGACACCUGGGAGGAAAUUCUUAUUGGUGAUGUGGAGAUGAAAGGGACCGUGUGUUGUGGCAGGUGUAUUUUAACAACCGUUAAUCCAGACACUGGGGUCAUCGACAGGAAGGAGCCCUUGGAAACAUUGAAAAGUUACCGCUUAUGUGACCCAUCUGAGAAACACAUUUACAAAACCAGCCCUCUCUUUGGGAAAUACUUUGCUGUUGACAAAACUGGAACAAUUCAAGUUGGAGAUCCUGUGUACAAGAUGGUCUGGGAAUGAAGGAGACUUUGAUCAGAAGAUGCUUUUUCACUUUGAUAUGCAGAUUGUUUUUCCAUUUACACAGUCACCAGCAUAACUUUUUCUUCUUCCUUGCAAUAUUUUUUUGUGCUUUUUAAGGUGCAGGAGGUUCUUUGACGCUGUGAAGUGCCAGUCAUUUCAGAUCACGGAAUCUACUGUCAUACCUGUAAUAACCACAUCUUUAGUUGUCCUGUGGUGGUUUAGGAUGCUGUGGUAGAACAAACUGAUCCAUGAUGGACUUCACAGCACUACUGUGAGCAUCACACCUCAUAAAAUUUCAUGUCAGCUGCAACAUUGGAAUCCAAAUUUGUGUACAAGAGUUUGCAUCAUGUGUUAGAUACAUUUAGUGCCUAUAAAGAAUCACAAAAACAGUCAUGUCAAGCACAAAGCAUAUUUGUCACAGAGCUGCCUUUAUAAGUGAUUAUGGAGUGCAGAUGGCAGGGCUCUGCUUCCCUCCUUUGGUCCUAAUCAUCUUGUCCUGUCUAUUUCCAGAGGUAGCUUUUAGUGGUGUUUCUUUCCUUGCAGUUGUUUCCUGAAGACUGUCUGGAAAUAAUUCCAUUAUUGUGUACUGUCUCUUGAGAUUGGAGCAUUAUCAGAAGGAGGACUGUGAGCUGACUAAAUAGUCAGGUCUAGAGGUAGGGGUGCCAGGUAAUGAUGUAUAAGGCUGUGGGCUUGUUUAGUUUGUGACCUCUGCUUGACAGUUUGAACUGUCAAUUUUUUAUCCUGUGAACAAUACCAUAACACUGAGGUUGUAGAGUAGUGGUGCAUUUGCUAACAUAGCAGUAGAAUUUCCAUUUUGACUGAAAGAACUGGAUGUUCACUGUGUCAGACUUCGUGGACACUGGAGGGAAAGAAAAGCUGUAGGGGGUGAUCUGAUGUUGAGCCUGCCCUGUUCAAGCUGCUGUUCUGGCCAAUAUUGCAGGGCUUGUGCACAGCUCCUCUCUGGAUCAGUGAAUCCCUUUGUGUAGACAGGCUGCUAAGCAGAUAUUUGGGAAGCUGCAGUUUGAGCAUGUUAGCAUCCUUACUGGAUCUGCAUUUAAAUCUCUGGUUGUCCCCCAGUCCUGCUCCAAUCUAACCAAAAUGUCAGCUGUUUGUAGGAAGCUGAUAAUUAUAUCUUGUACUGCAUAAAACAAAUAAGGGAGAAAACUAAUUGAAUUACCGCAAUGUUAUCUUUUCUUUAAAUGUUACAUUAUUUUUAUUUUAAAAAAGAGUAGCCUCCAGGACAAAAGCCAGCCAUCUUUUGAAUGCUUGUCUGCUUGGUUCUUUUUUAUGGAUUUCUAAGUUUGAAAAGAUUGUUGCCCUAGUUUAAAAAAGGAAUCAAAUUAAGUGUGAAGAAGGACAAAUAUGAUCCUAUCUGAUGUUUAGAUUCUUCAUUUUCUGUUGUAAAUAUGAAAAGGGAGUUUUGGUGCAUGUUCACAGCUCAGAUCUGUAAAAUGAAGAGCCGUUGAGCUUUGAGGAAGUGCAGGUGGGUGUAUGUAGCAAGCCUGAAGCGAUCAUGUUGGGAGGUAGUUUUCUAUUAUUUGUGAACUCAGAGUUGCUCUGAAUGCCAUUUUGUCAGCAGGUUGUUCUGUAAGUAUUAAGUUUUCCUGGGACAUACAAGUGCCCAGUUUGAAGUGCAUGUUGCAUAUUUGUGUAUUGUUAUGCCUGAUGCAGCAGCUAAUGGGAAGAAAUGAGAGAAAAAGCAUAUUUUAUAAAGAAAAAUAUUUCCAAGGUUCACUCUUAAAAAGCACAUGUUGAAAGUUCUUAGUGUUAGAAGCUGAAAGCUUGUGGAAUUCCUAAUGGUGUCAUUAAGCACAGGCAGCCUGCUGGCCUGCCAAAGCAAUUAGUUAAGAGUGUGUCUCUUCAUUAAGUCACAGAACUGGAAGGGAAAAGAGCUGAUUUUUUUUGCUUCUGGCCAAACAUUUUUUUCCACUGUUGUUUUAGCAGCAUAUCAGCAUUUACAUAACACAAAUUGUGUGGUAUAGAUCCCAUUGCCUCUCAUUAGGCUGCUGUCAAUUGGGCUGAUUUGGAAAUGGGGCUGUCUUUGCAAGGAGAAACUGCCAUCUGCAUCCCUGUUUGGAAGAGGCCAUAGAUCUAAACCCCCUAUUUACUCCUGUUAAGCCUCUUAGCAGAAUAUGGCUGGAAUCCUAAACCAGGUCUGAAUCUGAGUACAACAUGGUUCACAGAUGACACUUAAAUCAAUUAUGUGGCCAUUUUGUGAAGCAUGAGUUAGAGAACAUGAGUUAGAACAUUGCACUGUAAAUAUCUUCUUAUGACUGUUGAUUUGCUGUAACUAUAGGAAGUGCAUUUGAUUUUGUUUAAGCAAUUUAGGCAAUUGACUGAAAACGUGUCACUCAUAAGCCACUGUUUUUUAAAUUGUGUACUUAAACAAUUGUUAUUUUUUUAAACUCUAGAAGAAGAAACUUCUAAUGAAUCCAA